UUCUCCCUAUAAAAGGGGGGAAACCAGAGACCCGCUUUCUCUCUCUCUCAGGCUCAUAGUUCUUUCUUUCUCUGCAAAUCCAUUUCUUUCUGUGUCUGGAAAUGAGCGAGACGAAGUCCAAAUUCUUGGAGGUGUACUCCGUUUUGAAGUCGGAGCUUCUCAAUGACCCCGCUUUUGAGUUCACUGACGAUUCUCGCCAAUGGGUCGAGCGUAUGUUGGACUACAAUGUACCUGGAGGAAAGCUAAAUCGAGGGCUCUCCGUUGUUGACAGCUACAACUUGCUGCAAGGCAGGCAACUAACUGAUGACGAAGUUUUUCUUGCAUGUGUCCUGGGUUGGUGCAUUGAAUGGCUUCAAGCAUAUUUCCUUGUGCUUGAUGAUAUUAUGGAUAACUCGCAUACACGUCGAGGUCAACCUUGCUGGUUCAGGGUUCCCAAGGUUGGUAUGAUUGCUGCGAAUGAUGGGGUGAUUCUUCGCAAUCAAAUCCCUAGAAUUCUCAAGAACCAUUUCAAAGGAAAGCCAUAUUAUGUGGAUCUUCUGGAGUUGUUUAAUGAGGUGGAAUUUCAGACAGCCUCAGGACAGAUGAUAGAUUUGAUCACGACUAUUGAAGGAGAGAAAGAUCUAUCAAAGUACUCAUUGCCUCUUCACCGCCGCAUUGUUCAGUACAAAACUGCUUAUUACUCAUUUUACCUUCCAGUUGCAUGUGCAUUGCUUAUGGCAGGCGAAAAUUUGGACAAUCACACUUCUGUGAAGGACAUUCUUGUUCAAAUGGGAAUCUAUUUUCAAGUACAGGAUGAUUAUCUGGAUUGUUUCGGUGACCCCCAAGUGAUUGGUAAGAUCGGAACGGAUAUUGAAGAUUUUAAGUGCUCUUGGUUGGUUGUGAAAGCACUAGAGAUUUGUAAUGAGGAACAGAAAAAAACCUUAUAUGGAAACUAUGGGAAAGCAGAACCAGCCAAUGUUGAAAAAGUGAAGGCACUUUAUAAAGACCUCGAUCUUCAGGGUGUGUUUCUGGAGUAUGAGAGCAAAAGUUAUGAGACGUUAGUGAGCUCCAUCGAAGCUCAUCCAAGUAAGGCAGUACAAGCAGUGCUGAAAUCGUUCUUGGGGAAGAUUUACAAGAGACAGAAGUAGGGUUUUCAGCAGAAGGAAGAGGGUGGAUGGAGUAAACUUCGGAUUUUUCUUAAUGUGACCUAGUGUUAGGAUUGUCCCGGUGGAGGGCAAACCAGUGUCCCAGUGUCCCAGUGUCUUAGUCUCAUGAAUUUACAGGCCUCUUUCAGUGUAGGGUUGUUUGCUUUGUUGUUGGUUGAAGGACUCAUUGUUUAGGCUGAUCUCAAAUAGAAGAAGUGGAUCUUCCUUCCACCAUUUUUAAUACAUGAUUCUGCUUCCAAAUCA